GCUAUUGUGACGAUGAAAGAAGAGCUGGCGUGUUGUGAAACAAGCCAUGCCACGUGAUCACCGCCAACUUUUGACCCCUCACCACUUGCCGCGCGAAGAAUGAGAGCAGACAAAAACAUCCAAACACCACCGUCCCAAUCAUUCUCUCCACCCACUUACACCGCAAGAACCCCUCUAUAACGGGCAACGCGACCCUCAGUAUGCCGUCCGGAUAUAAGCAUGGCGACACGCCAAAGAAGGCCAUGGUUCGAGGCACCAUCUCGUACCUCGAGUCUCAGGGCCUGCCUGUCAACAAGUCAGCCAUCUUUCGGCACUUUGAUCUGUCGCGAUCUCAAGGUUAUGCCGCGUUGAGCGUCCCCGCGUCUAAGCGCAAUGAUCCCGAAUGGGAGGAAACGCGUGGGAGACCCCUCAAAAUCUCUGAAGAAGAUCAGCAGAAGAUGGAGAAGAUUCUCUGGAAUGAUGCCUACAUCAAUGUUAACUUGAACUGGCAUGGAUUGGCCAAGGAAGCUGGUGUUGAGGUUGAUGUGAACCCCAGGACGCUGCACAGAACAAUGGGAACGUUGGGUUACCGACGAUGCCUGGGAUGUCCGAGGACCUGGGUGCACAAGAAGGCUCGUGAGAAGAGAGUUGAAUAUGCCAGACGCAUGCUUGAAGCGUACCCCCAUCCACAGGACUGGAGAGCCAUCCGGUUCAGUAUUGAGCUCCACUUUGGAUUUGGCCUUGAUGGAAAGAUGCGUCUUAUUCCCCGACCUGGUGAACGGUUCUGCGAGACAUGCGCAACUACUCCCGAGGCUGAAUGGCCACGCGACUUGCGAAAGGCCCACGCUUGGGUUGCUGUAGGUUACGGGUUCAAGAGUGAAGCCGUCUUUUACGAAGAUUCUACCAGCCCGAACUGCACAGGCGUCAUGACCAUGCAAGAGUACAAAGAUCACAUCCUUGAGAAGACGGUCAAGUCAUGGCUCACAACCACCGGCCCCCAGAGCUUCAUCCUCGAAGAAGACUGUGAGGCUUUUGCCCACGGCGCUGCAAGCAAGGUUAAUCUGGUUCAGCAAUGGAAAGAUGAGCACGGCCUACGAUACUACUACAACUGCGGCGAUAGCCCCGACCUCAACCCACUCGACAGCCUGUGGCCCCAGCGCAAGCAGUGGAAUCUGGAUGCGCCCAAGGACUGGGAGGACGAGACUCUCCAGAAGAUGGUCAGAGAGGUGUGGACAGGGUUCGAUAUCGAGAGAGUCAAUAUGUGGGUCGACUUCAUGCCGCAGCGACUACAGCAGGUUAUCGACUCAGAUGGAGCGCUGGUGCCUUGGUGAUUGUUAUGAGUUUGGCGUUGUAUUGUUUGUGAUGCUGUUACGAAGCGUUGAAUUAAAAGAAAAUAUGGAAGAGGUUGUCUCCGAUGUCAUGGUCGGACCUUCGAUGUUUCUUCGACUUGGCCAAGGGGAUGUCGUUGGUAUGGAGUAGUUGUGGGUUAAUUUUGACGAAGGAUGAAUGGAAAACAAGUGAGGCAUGGUCAUCGGCCAGCAGUAGAAUUUGACAUAGAUGAAAAGAGAGUUCCUCAUGGCAGACACCUAGUUGCUGAGUUGAUGUUCGACGAUGUUGAAGAUGAACUACAUGGGGAGCACGUUGAAUACAGCCCUUUUAUAUGUAACACACCAAAGGCAAACUGGCCAAUUAUAGGCAGUCGAUUCUA